AUACUGGUUUUGGAGCCAACGCCUAACCCCCAGCUCUAACUGAAUUGUUAAGUGUCACCCCAAAAGAGCUGGUUCUGUCAGCAAAGUGAUUCUGUCUCAGCAUCAAGACACUGCUGGUCUGGAACCUAGAAGAUUGAUGUUGGUUGUUUGAGGCAGUAUUAUUUCAUCAGUAUUUUCAUGACCACCAUAAUAAAUAAACGAAUGAAUCAGUCAAUAAAUAAAUAAUACGAACUGUGUAGAGGUUUGUAGAUUAAACAAAGAUGUGUCUUUAUAUAUAUGUAGUUAAUAGAAGGAGCUCUAAAGUUCCUGGUAACAGAAAAUAUAUUGAUUACUAAAUGGACUUUGUGCAAAUAUUGUGUAAGUACUAUCAAAUGAAUGAAACAUUACCGUAUUUACCCAACAGGGCAAGUGUUAUUGUAAACGCUUUUUAAACAUCUCUGUUGUCAAGGAGGUCUUCAUGACAUUAAUGUCACAGAAGAUUACAGGUGAAGUAGUGAUCGCAGAAUUAAGCCUGAUAGAGAGAGAGUUAAUGACAGAGAGUUUGUCUUCCUCCAGCCCCCUCCAGAGUCCCCCGAUCAGACCUGUAAAAGCCUUUAAAUGUAAAGAAAUUAGUUUAUAGGGUUCAGGGAGCAGUCUUAGCAAACAGCUGCAGGAACAAGGAAGUCGUAAUUGUCGUGGCAGGUGGAGUUAUACUAAAAGGAAUGACGCAAGGAGUUUAACUCUACAAAAGAUCCCACCUCGUGUGCCAUAGUCCAUGUGUCACUGAGGGAUGAUGUUACUCUUAAUGGAACCUACAUCUCAUCUUCAUGUGCAGAACUUUUCCCAUUUCACCUGCUUCUCGGAGCUUCAAGAUUCAUACUGGUUAGUGCCAGUAAUUGAGACCAUGGUCCUACUGAUCCUCUUUUUAGUUUCAGUGGUUGGCAACAUUGGCGCAAUUGUCCUGGUUAUCCAAGAGAGACGACUAGCUAACACCUCCAUCUUAAUCAUGAACCUUUUCCUGGCAGACCUUUUGUUUGUCAGCACUGUUCCUUUUGUCAUUUCUGUGAGGUGGACCAAGGCUUGGAAACUGGGCUCUGCUGCCUGCCACUUGAUCCUGUACUCCAUCAGCGUGAGUGGCGUCGUUACCAGCACCACACUGGCCGGCAUCAGUAUCGAGAGACUGCUUGCAAUCUUGAAGAUGAAAACUACGCCAAGCCUAAAUCCCAGAUUGACACAUGGAGUGCUAUUUCUUAUCUGGUUCCUGUGUGCUGUUGCAAUGUUACCUCUGUCUCUGUUCUCCAGAGUGAUAACAGUCAGCUCCCCUCAACAGGCAGAAAUGCAUAUAUGCGCUCUUAUAUGGCCGCAUAUAAAGGUCGAGAUUGUGUGGUAUGCCGUCUUCCUUGGAUUAGGCUUCCUGGUACCGGGUUCUAGCAUUGUAAUCUGUUACACCAAAAUCUUACAGAUCAAGCAGCGUUCCCAAAGGAGACUUCACUUGACCACUUCGCACAGACAAGCACAGUCAAGCGCAGUGUCUAAACAGGACUACAAACUUUUCCGCACACUCCUUAUUCUCAUGAUAUCCUUCUUCAUCAUGUGGAGUCCCAUCUUUAUCUUCACCUUUCUCAUUCUUAUACACAACAUCCAAGCUCAUCUUCCCAUUACCUCCUCUACGUUUGUCUGGGUGCUGACCUUCACCAUGGCUAACUCAGCCCUGAACCCUGUCCUCUACAGUCUUUGCCAGCUGAAACAUAGAUGGAAAAGGCUUUGCUGUGCCACAGCAAUCACACCAGGUCAAAGAGCUGUUACUCAGUAGGAAAAUAAUUGUACUUAUCUAAUUCUUAAUUCGUCUCUUUUCCCUAGUACUGACUGCAUUAUCUGUCAUACAUAAUUUGAUGAAAUAAAUCUAUAAAUAAAUUAUCUACAUCUCAUAAGCAGAACCAAGCAACUGGCCAAACAUAAAAAUGUUUACAUGGCUACAGUUUGUAAACAGUUCAUAUUAUUAUUAAUAAGUGGCAAUGCAAUUUUCUUUCCUUAUCAUUAUAGUCAGUAUGCUGGCAAUGUGCAAUAAAAGAAAACAAUAAGCUUAGGUAAAUGUUGGUAGAAUGCUAUAAUUGUGAAAUAAAAGAGUGCCACCUUAUAGUCUUAUCAAAAAUUGUAACAAUAGUAUCACCAUAAACCGUGAUCACGGCGUUUGGCUUAUCUGCCACAUGAUAUUGGAGAAAAUGAAAUGUUGUAGAUGGUGUUUGAUGAUCAUCUUCUUUGUAUGUGUCUUUAGAAACAUGCUUCAGAAAGGCAAAAAUCAUUUUACUCCAGGUCUAUGUUUUAGUUUUCACAGACAAGUGUUGACAAGUUAACCUUUUAUGAGGAGCUAAUAUAUUAGGCCGGCUUGUUAGGGUGAAAAAGAAUAUUUGUACAGUGUGAGCAGCACUGUUUCUUCUCUGUUAUUACCACAAUUGGGUAUAAUAGACCUCAUUAGCUCCGAAUGAAUGGAUUUUCUUAGGUUUAGAAUAUCACAGAGAUGUUCCAGGUCCUGAUAUAUAAUCUAUUUCCUUAUUCAGUAAAGUUACCUCAUUAGCUUUUCCUGUAAUAGGAACUAGCAAAUCAGUUUAGAGAUGGAGCGAUCUGCUCUGCAAAGUUCAUUGACAGUCUAGGAAAUCAGCAUGUAUACUAUAUGGCUAAAGGUUUGAGGACAACUGAUAUCAUAUUCAUAUGUGGCUCUUGUAUACUGUAGAAUCAGAGUUUCCCUUCACUGGAACUAACUGACAGUGCCCCUGUGCACAAAGCUAGCUCCAUGAAAACAUGUUUUGCCAAGGCUGGUGUAGAAGAACAUGAAUGGAAAGCACAAAGCGCUGACCUCAACCCCACCGAACACUUUUUGAGAAUUUGGGAGAUUAUUAUAACAGCAAAAAGGGGACUAAAUGUGGAAUGGGAUGUUCAAAAAGAAUAUAUGGGUGUGUGAUGGUCAAGAGUUGGGUAUACAAUAUAGUGCAUAUUCAUAUAGAUGUGUAAAAAUGUAUGGUGUAUCUUAAACGUAGUUGUUUGUACUGUAUCUGUGCAAGAUUGAUGGUUCGGUUCUAAAUUUUCAGACUGCAAGACUGUGAUUACAUUCAUUGUUCUGCUUUACUGAGUGGGCAGGGUGGCUUAGUGGUUAGCUUCAGACCUCGGGGGUUGGAAGUUUGAUUCCUUCCUCCGCCCUGUAUGUGUGGAGUUUGCAUGUUUACCCUGGAUGGAGGGAUGGAUGGGUUACGCUUUUCGUGCUUUAAAUCUGACAAGCAUUAAGCUGACAAAUCUGAUUAUGAAUAACACAGAAUCUAGUGAUUGCUACUAAGUAUUCUAUUAACUGAGUAAUUUCAAUGUUUUUUAGGAUUCCCCAAAUCUUGCAUCCAACUGAUCUAUAUUUAUUUUACCAACUACUACAUUUGUGGAGAAUUGUAUUAGUAUUAGCAUCUUUAGUAGCCGGAAAAUCCGAUAAAAUUGGGAUGAAUUGGUAAUACGCCACUUAUAAGUAUUGGCCCCCUUACACGUUUCUUUUCUUUUGUUAUUCAAUGAUUUAUUCUCUCUGUUAUUUCCAUAACAAGGCACAAGCCGGGUCAUCGUUUUUCACUACAGCCAUAGCAAGACAGUAGGCUAAUUAGGACGGUUAACUAAGUAUGACGGAUAUAUCCAGAUGACUGGACUCUAAAUUAGCUCCAAAUGGAAAGAAGGAUUUUAUAGCUUUCAGGCAAACAGAAUCACUAUCAGGUGUUUAAAGGUGAUGGUGCGUUACCUUUAAUUAGGCUUUAAAAUGGUGACAGCUACUUCACUUUGAUCAUGCUAACAGUCAAAUAACUGUUUUAAAUGAACUUUAUACUGAACUACUUCUACGUCUUCACUCUCCCCCUCUUCCCCCUUGGCUUUGAACAGCAACUUAUGUGAACACACCUACUACUAUUAUCAUCUGAACCACGGCUCACAGCGCAUUAGUUAGAAAUCGGCCUCCCGAGACUACACGCCCUAUAACUAACUCUUUGACAAUAUGGGGAGGAAUAACUUACCGACAUCCACGCUCCACAGAGCUGGGCUUUAUUAUAGAGAAAGAUAUAAUUGAAAAAAGCUGCAUGAAAUCCAGUGUGUAGGCUCAUGUCAAAUACACUUGUCUGAUGAGGCAUUUUUCGGCUAUGUUUAUUGAAGCAUGGUGGUGGUAGCAUUGCGUUGUGGGGAUGCUUUUCGUUAUCAGUGACUGGGAAUGUGGAACAAUAGCUUGAUGGAGCUAACUACAGCUCAACCCUAGAGAAAAUACUGUUCCAGAUUGCAAGAACAAAGAACCUUGGCAAAGUGAAUAUGUUGGAAUGGCCCACAUCGAAUUGAGAAACUCUUUCCAUCCAAUCUGACAGAUCCAAGACAGAGCUGCAAUUGUGAUUACUGCAGCCAAAGUACUGACUGACCCUGGGGGCUGAAUAUUUAUGCAACCAACAAAAGUCUGCUUUUUUGUUUAUUCAGUCCUGGUCAUUUCUGUCCAUCACAAUCUUUCAAAAUCAAACAGAGAUAUGACAGGCUUUCGUUACUGGAUGUGAAGCUAAGACAAAUAAAUAUGCUUGUUUAUUUAGACAAAUAGCAUAAUCAACCAUCUAUGGGCUGCUUUUUGAGAGUAACUAUAUCAGCAGUGUCUGCAAAACAGCAGACUGGCACAUCUGUACUAUCUCCAUGCAUUAUCUCUCAUUGUUCCUGUGCAGCCUGAGCAGUGGUUUCUAAUUCUCUCUGGUUUGUGUUUUCUUCCACGCAAUUCAGCUGAUCCUUUUUUUAAACAAAACCUGAAUAGGCGAAGGAUGCAGUCUAGGUUUUGGUGACCACAUGUCUCAUACAGAAGCAAUUCAAUCUGACAAAAGGAAAAAAUGGGAUAAUCUAACCAAGUCAGCUCAGAUUGCAAGCACCAAAGAAAGAAUUAAAUGUAACGACAUAGAAUCAGAAAAACCUGGAAGAGGGUUACGUUAGAAAUCAGAAGAGUUACAAAAAUAAACACUGCACACUGCUGGCUUUUAUGAAAGUAGACACUUAGGGCUUUAAGCAUUUUAUAGUUUUUCAAGUGUUUCUGUUUUUACCAAGCCUUCUGGUUUCUAUUUAUUCAUAGAAAAGUUACAAAUCUUCAUAGCAAGUGGUGGUGAUCUACUUCAUCCACUAAAAUUUUUAUGUAAGGUUAUAUCCCAACAGAGGGAAAAACAUCUCCCACUAAAAGCCAGCCGUGUCCUGACUCAUUUUUUAUCAGACUUGCAGCAAGAAAAUAAUUUUUUGUUUAUACUUUGAUUGAAAAUAUCCCAAACAUCCAUUUCCAUUUCACAGCAGAAUGGACCGCUAGUGUAGGUUAAAUCACAGCCCACAAUUCUAACAAACAACUUUCUAUUUUCGCUUACUUUACUGUGUGUAACAGUGUUGCAGUAAGAAUCAUGUCUUGCCUGAACUGUUUACUGGGCCAGAACACAGAAAGUAAACUGAUCUGAAGCCUGAAUCUCGCUCCCACACCCUGGAAAAAAAAAAAGAAAGACACCAGAAACAUGUAGUACAAAUGCCAAGGCUCCCUAUUUCAACUAUUCCAGACUUAUGUGAUUAAGAUGUUUAACAAUAAAUACAGAUAUAAAAUUCACCUCCUAAAAUAUUUUUUUAUGGUUUAUGACCAUAGACCAUUAUAUAAUAGACACAUUGGCCUGUGCUAGAUAGAGAAGAUGGACGUCUCAAGAGCCAGUUUAUUGCACUUUGCAGUUAUUGAAGGUGAAUGAAUGAAUCUAUGUGCUCCCGGUUGUUGUGACCUUGUCAGGGCAUCUAUUAAUUAAAGUAAGGUACAACCAUCCUUCAUUCUGUCAGUAUAUCCUUAGAAAAGGCUUUUGCAUUAGUGCUUUAAUGGUUUGUGGGAUAAUUACUUUUGAUUAGCAAUUUUUUUUACUUUCAAGCCUUUCUGAUAGAAAACCACCAAUACUGGGUUCUACAUAAUACUUCCCCCAUAUAGACAAAACUGAAAAGAACAUUACAGGCGUACGUAUAUACCGGUUGAGAUUAUUACUAAGGCCCCAGUUUGUCAUUUUAUGAAGAAACCAGAAACUACAGAUUACUCCAUCCCUGUGCAGAACUUAAGCAGACCUAUACACCGAUCAGCCAUAACAUUAUGAGCACUGAGAGGUGAAGUGAAUAACACUGAUUGACUCUUCAUCAUGGCACCUGUUAGUGGGUGGGAUAUAUUAGGCAGCCAGUGAACAUUUAGUCCUCAAAGUUGAUGUGUUAGAAGCAGGAAAAAUGGACAAGGGUAAGGAUUUGAGCGAGUUUGAUGAAGGGCCAAAUUGUGAUGGCUAGACGACCGGAUCAGAGCAUCUUCAAAACUGCAGCUCUUGUGGGGUGUUCCCGGUCUGCAGUGGUCAGUGUUUAUCAAAAGUGGUCCAAGAAAUGAUCAGGGUCAUGGGCAGCCAAGGCGCAUGUGGUUGAGUGAAGGCUGGACCGUGUGAUCCGAUCCAACAGAUGAGCUACUGUUGCGCAAAUUGCUGAAGAAGUUAAUGCUGGUUCUGAUAGAAAGGUGUCAGAGUACACAGUGCGUGACGGGUCAAGGCUGUUUUGGCAGCAAAAGGGGGGCUCAACACAGUAUUAGGCAGGUGGUCAUAAUGUUAUGCCUGAUCUGUGUAAAUAGUUUAACUGCUGACUGCUGCAAAGUUAGAUGAAACUCAUAUUUAUUUUAUUCAUUUAUUUAUUUUAUUUUUAAGAAAACUGUGUCUGGAUUUUGUUGACUUCACGUGACUACAUUCAAAGUGACCUGAAAAUAAAAACGUGGCUGAUUCACUCCAGGUGAGAAACUCAGCUCAGAUUGCAAGCUGUUAUAUAAUCAACUCCAUCACAACACAUACAUUAUAUCUAAAUGUAAAGG